AUGUUUAUUUGAAAAUCAAUCUUCAUUCGAAGUGCGCGUUCCCGGCUGUGGCACCUGAGCCGGGUCCUCCUCCUCCUCCUCCUCCUCCUCCUCCUCCUCAUCGGAAACUCCUUGAAUAAAUAAAAUGGCCAGCAGGCCGAACUGGGGAGCAGGAAAUUUCAAACAAACACAGAAAGCCGACAUGGGAGCAUGGAGAACCCCGAGUUUGAUUAUCCAACGACCCCUGGAGUGAGCGCCGGCAGCUGCAUCAGGUAAAUACAUAUGAACUAGACGAUAAAUGGAUUAUGAGCAGGUUCUCCGAGGGACGGACGCGGAGCCUGGCAGAUGGAUACCCGGGGCACUCGAAACUAUAUUUCAACCCCGAUUUCCAUUCACAAUUGAUUGUGCGCACUAGACUGUGUGGGUCUGUGUCUUCGCGUGUGUGGUGUGUUUUUAUAACAUUUGUGGAUUACGCCUAUAAAAACUACACCUCCCCGCGGAGCCAGUCGAGCUGCCCCAGCCCCUCCGACCACUACAAAAGGAUUACAUUUUACUAGUGGCAGUCCUCGAUACAACCUGUCGCACGGGAGAUUAAAACUGUGCUGUUUCUUUUAUGGUUUGUUCCGCUUUUUGUUAAACACUCCCGAGGAUCACACGCAACUCCGCACCGUUUCCACCACCCCAGCUCACGGCCAGGAGCGCUCAACUCAAAAUAGUGUUUUAUUGCUCAAAAUUACGCUUCUUUUAUUUAUUUAUUUUUUGUUUCUCCUACUCUCGGCUUCUCACUCAUUCACCCAGUUUCAAUUUUUAUUAGUUUAUUACGAUUAUUAUCUUUUAAUGGGCCCCGUUUGCACCACCAGCGUUUACUCAUUGUUUUUGUUUUCUUGUUUUUAUUUUUUGUUUUCGUGGUAGUUGUGGCGAAGAGUAACGUGUGAAGUUGUUUUAUUAUUUGUUUUGAUUAUCAAAAUGGGCGUUUUACAUUUUUCCGGUCGUUGGGCGGCCCACCUGCCACGGGCCCCUACCUUAUAGCCCCACAUCCCAUGGCCCAUAACCCCGGGCCAAAGGCAGUAAAUCACAGCCCGCUGUGAGCGUCUGAGUAUCCAAGAGUGAGUACAUCAUGUACACUUGGCAAGAAAAUGUAUCUUUAUGACUAAGAAUCUUUUAAGGAAACAUACACCUUAUUUGAUUUUUCGAAUUUCAGUUUCUCUCAGUGUUCCCCACUUAUUCUUACUGACCCAUAAACACAAACCAAAGUGUGGCAAAAUGUUUAAUUUGGAAUUUAUGAGUAAUUAAUUUUAAAGCACUCGACUGGUCGUUAACGCUGUCCUACCCCCUUCCCUGCCACCUAUCCCUGCUGACCAUAAAAGAUUUAACAAGCCAGUGUGCCAAAAAUUGAUUGCGUUUGGCCACUCCGCUGAUUGAUCAAUUAUUCAAUUGUUAUCGCCCUGGAUUUGGCCAUCAUAGCCAUUCCAAUUGGGCAAGCCCCGUAAAACUUACCGAAAGUUAAUUAUAAAAGAAUUAUCCGAAUGGAUGGCCAGGUGAGAGGCCAAUUAAAUUGGCAGAUGUUUCGGGUUGCGAGAGCCAUCAAACAGAUAAUUAAAUCCAAAUAAAUUUUGCUUCGGCUAAAGUUAAUGUCCAAUGAAUUAUGUACAUUUUAAGAUUCAUAGAAUAAAUUGUAUCUAUCAUUAAGUACAAUAAGCUAAUUUUGUUAAUUAAAAUUAAUAAAAACACAUUGAUAUUUA